ACACCUACAUACACCUACAUACGUGCCAGCACAUGUAACAAACGUGAUACCUACAUAGGUAUUCGAUGCACGUUGAAGUUGAAAUUGAAAAUUUCCUCCCAAGGAUAUAAGCUUUCGUAGUUGACAUCUCGUGAUUGAAAAACCAGUCAUAGGGGAAGGAAAACUUUCUCCAUUAUAAAUAUGAUUCAACGGUGUUGCUAAUUAUAUUAAGCGAAGAAAGAUCGAAUAAACUUGGAAGUGAAAGCACAGCUGGAAAUUAAAAUUGACGGAAUUUAUUUAAAAUAAAAACACCGGGGAUGUUUUUCUGGCUACGAAAAAUUCUGACGAAAGUUUUGAUAACUUAUAUUGGAAUGAUCCAAACCAGCACCAUGCUGGAGUAACAAUCAAUCGAGAUUUGGGAACCAUCUAUGCAUUUGGAGAAGACCUGCAACAAUGGAUGUAAAUGGCCUUCUGAAGGCCUCCAUUUUGCUGUACGUUCUGAAAGGUGUCGUUCUGCUGGAUCUCCAGGGGCCGGUUUUUCUCAGCGAGCCUCAACACCGGUUGGAGUUUUCGAAUAACUCGGGAACGCACAUCGAAUGUACUGGCCAUGGGAGUCCACCACCUGACGUGGAAUGGUCGGUAGCGACCACCAAUCACGAGCUGGUAUACUCAUCGCCCAAUGGAAGUCUGAUUUUUUACCCUUUCUCAGCCGAUAAAUUUCGUCAUGAGGUCCAUUCUACCGUGUAUAGAUGUAAAUUAAAAAACUUAGUCGGUACUAUUUUGAGCCGCGAAGUGCACGUUAAAGGAGUCGUUAAUCAGAAGUACAACGUGCAGGUUCACGAUGAAUAUGUUAUGUCAGGAAACACGGCGGUCCUAAAAUGUCAGGUGCCGAGUUACAUCGUCGACUACGUCGUGGUCACGGCCUGGGUCCAGGACAGCGGAGUGCAUCUCUAUCCGAACACCGACAUCGGUGGCAAGUACAUCGUGCUGUCGAACGGUGAUUUGUACAUCAACAACGCCGGACCAAGUGAUGCGUACAAAACGUACUCGUGCAGAACUGUAAAUAGACUAACAGGUGAAAUACAAGUUUCAACAUAUCCAGGUAGAGUGAUAGUGACUGAACCGAAAGGACUAGUACAACCUAGAAUUAAUGUAGAAAAACAUUCGCUUAAGCACGUAGUUGUGAAUGCUCAAGUGACGUUACCUUGCGUAGCCCAAGGACAUCCUGUGCCAACGUAUCGCUGGUUCAAGGAGGUCAAGGAUCAAAUAAUUCCUCUUCAGCUGAACGAAAGGAUCAGCAUAAUUUCGGCCGGGCUGCUCAAAAUUGCCAAAGCACGCCUCGAGGACAGUGGAAAGUAUCUGUGCUGGGUCAACAACACGGCCGGCGAAGAGACAAUCCAGGUGACGUUAACUGUCACUGCACCCUUAACUGCACACCUGCAGCCCCAAGUACAAACCGUAGACGUUAGUAAGGAUGCCCAAUUCCAGUGCAUCAUCUCAGGAUUUCCCGCUCAUGAAGUGCUCUGGAUGCACAACGGAAAGCCCAUCGUUCGGGACAGUCGAAUAGAAAUCUACACCGAUACCCCAAGGAUAGUGAUAAAGAAUGUCCAGAAGGAAGAUCAAGGAAUGUACCAAUGUUUCGUAGCGAACGAAUGGGAACAGAUUCAAUCGACUGCCGAGCUACAACUGGGGGAUGCUACGCCAGAGUUACUGUAUUGGUUCUCCGAACAGACGCUCCAGCCGGGCCCAUCCGUAUCGCUAAAGUGCGUUGGGACCGGUAAUCCACCGCCUCAAUUUACCUGGAAGCUGGACGGUUUUCCGAUUCCAGACAAUUCCCGGUUUGUGGUGGGCCAAUAUGUAACGAUUCAUGACGAUGUAAUCAGCCAUGUAAAUAUCUCCAACGUGAAGGAAGAGGACGGCGGGGAGUACACAUGUGUGGCCCAGAACAGCAUAGGAAAGGUAUUGCAUAGCGCUCGAGUGAACGUAUACGGUCUUCCAUACAUUCGAGAAAUGCCUAAAAUCACUGGUGUAUCAGGAAGCGACCUGGUGAUAAAAUGUCCCGUGGCUGGCUAUCCGAUUGAUAAAAUUCACUGGGAACGAGACGGCCAAACACUGCCAAUCAACCGGCGCCAGCGAGCCUAUAACAAUGGAACGUUAAUCAUCGAACAACUGCAGCGAACGGAAGAUGCCGGAACGUACACCUGUAUGGCACAAAACAAGCAGAAACAAACGGCCCGCCGGAACGUCGAGAUACAGGUGAUUGUGCCGCCAAAAAUUAUGCCCAUCCAGGCAAUGACCAACAUGCUUCGUGAGGGAAUGCGAGCUGCUAUCUCGUGCCAAAUCUUGGAAGGUGAUCUACCGGUAAACUUCAGAUGGGAACGUAACGGUAAGCCAAUCAUUGGCACCGGAAAUGAAGUCAUACGCCGGCUGGACGAAUAUUCGGCCAGUCUGGUAAUCGAACAUAUCACGUCGGAAUAUUCGGGGAACUACACAUGUAUCGCUAGCAACGUGGCAGGGAGCGAGAGUUUUACAGUCCCCUUAACCGUAAAUGUACCACCGAAGUGGGUUCUUGAGCCAAAAGAUUCCAGCGCCCAAGCGGGUCAGGACAUCGCACUACAUUGCCAAGCGGGAGGUCACCCGAAGCCGACAAUCACGUGGAAGAAAGCAAUUGGAAACACGCCCGGGGAGUACAAAGACUUUCUGUAUGAACCUAACGUAUCACUUUAUCCCAAUGGGACUCUUGAGUUCCGAAAGAUCACCAAAGAGUCACAGGGACAUUUUUUAUGUGAAGCUAAAAACUCCAUCGGAACUGGCGUUAGUAAAGUUAUCUUCCUCAAGGUUAACGUGCCUGCACAUUUCAACACAAAAAAUAAACAAAUAACAUCUCCACGGAAUAAACAAAUUCAUAUACAAUGUAACGUUCAAGGUGACAAUCCUAUCGAUAUCAAAUGGAAAAUGCAAAAUUCUCAACAGCAUAUAGACGAAUCUCUAGACAAUCGUUAUAACAUUCGGGAACAAGUUCUGGAUGAUGGAAUGGUGUCUGAGUUGGGAAUUUCUCAUACCUACAGACAAGACACCGGAAUAUAUGUUUGCCACGCCGCAAACGCAUUCGGUCAUGAUGAAAUGACCAUUCAGUUAGUCAUCCAAGAAGUUCCAGAGCCCCCGAAAAAUUUACGUAUCAACUCCCAACAGUCGCGAACUUUACAACUUUCGUGGAGUCAACCAUUUGCUGGCAACAGUCCCAUCGAGAAAUAUAAUGUUGAGUACAAGCUUGUCACCGAUCUAUGGCAAUCGGCUGAGCACAUCACCGUAGCCGGAACUCAAACCGUAAUCACCUUGCAAAAUCUCAAGCCAGCCAAAGCAUAUCACAUCCGUAUAUCGGCGGAAAACAAAUUAGGGGCAUCUGAAUAUUCGGAAGUCAUUCAGGUGACCACACUGGAAGAAGUGCCUUCUGGUCCACCGUUGAACAUCAAGGGUGAACCGAAAAGUUCCACCGAAAUCUUUCUCUCAUGGGAAGCUCCCGAUCGAGAACAGUGGAACGGAAAUUUACUCGGAUAUUACGUAGGCUACCAAGAGGCUUCCGGGCCUUACGAUAAAGAAAUACAUCCUACACAAGGAUUCAACUUCAAAACAGUCGAGGUGCGAACGCAUUUCGGUGGAGAAACAACGCUCACCAAUCUCAAGAAGUGUGCCCAAUACAAUAUCGUAGUGCAGGCCUACACAAGUCAGGGCAGUGGUCCACCGAGCAAGGAGAUUUCCCUCAGCACUCUCGAAGAUGUGCCUUCCACACCACCCGACAGUCCCAAGUGCGAUGUUCUCAGCUCGACCUCCAUCUACAUCACGUGGUCCCCACCGGCACCGGAAGGACAGAACGGAAAAAUCACCGGCUACAAAGUAUCCUACAUAGAAAUUGAAGAUCUCUAUGAAAAAGAACCCUACACUGCCAAAACUAACAACCAGUAUAUGACACUGGAGAAUUUGAAAAAGUUCACCAACUACACCUUCUGGGUGCUGGCUUUCACAAAGGUUGGUGAUGGAGUACGGACGACAUCCUUCUUCUGUACUACUCAUGAGGAUGUCCCUUCCGCACCAAAGGCCAUCAAAGCCGUGCCUGCGUCAAGUACAAAGAUCAUAAUCUCGUGGUUACCACCGGCCAACAGGAAUGGCAUCAUAACGGGCUAUACUUUCUACAUGUCGCUGGUGGAUGGAGGGCGGGAAGGAACUCACAAGCGCACACUGGUCCCGUAUGCCGAGAUACACGAAACGGUUCGGCUGCAGGAGCACGGGACUUAUCAAUUCUGGCUGACUGCGUCCACCAAAAUGGGGGAGGGAGAAAAAUCAGAAGUGAUAACCGUGCCUCCAAACAAUAAAGUUCCAGCGAGAAUUGUUUCGUUCAGUCAGGAAAUUACGACUCCGUGGAAGGAAACAUUGGUGCUACCUUGUCGCAAAGUCGGCUCACCGGCACCGGUUACAAUCUGGCGACAAGACGAUCAGCCGAUGGACACGGGAACAAGAAAGUUAAUUGCUAAAAAUGGCACCUUAUACAUAAAAGACUGCCAGCAUUCUGAUGCUGGGAAUUAUACUUGUAGCGUAGAAAAUAAUUGGGGAAGGGAUGAAAUUGUGUACCAUAUAAAAAUUAAGGUUCCUCCAGACCCUCCCAACCUGUCGGUUAUCAACACUUAUACAGACAGUUUGUUACUCGAAUGGAUUGACAAUAGAAACGGGGGUUCGCCCAUUCUUGGCUACGUUAUCAACUAUAAGAGGGAACAGGGCGACUGGGAGGAAAUACGAAUUGAUUCUAAAACCAACACCCACGUGCUGGUCAACUUGUGGUGCGGAACAAAGUAUCAACUGUACAUAACCGCUCAUAACAAAAUAGGAACCGGUCUUCCCUGUGAUAUUGUCCAGACACAGACGAAAGGUCUUGCACCUGUACAACCGAAACAUUCACAGAUGAUAACUCACAAUUCAACUACUGUUACUUGUUGGCUGGAUUCCUGGGGUGAUGGCGGCUGUACGAUUCUGCACUUUUCAAUUGAAAAUCGGGUCUACGGGCGUCCUCAAUGGAACACAAUUUCCAACCACAUCGAAGCAUCGGAACGUAUAUUCACCGUGAAUGAUUUGCAACCGGCCACCAAGUAUCAGCUACGGGUAACGGCCUACAACAAUGCCGGAGCUACGAUGGCCAUUUAUAACUAUACUACAUUAACCGCCGCAGGAGUAAUGGUCCACCCUGACCUAACGAAUCCCGUUUCUCCACAUCUUGGGGAUAACCCGUUCUACGCCAAUAUUAAGGUCCUGUUGCCACUUUGUCUGUCCAUCCUUAUUUUAUGCGUGCUCAUCGCAGCCGCACUUCUCAUCCGGAAAAGAAAGCUAAAUAACCAGAACCGAAUACCGUCAACGUCAAUGUCGGAGUCCCCGUCGAUUGCCAACAUUCAAAACAAGCACAACCGGGAUCAGCAGUAUCUGGCAGUGCGGGCCCAACAAAACAGCCGCAACAGCAACUCGGUCGAUUCCGGCAGCUUUAAAGCCGAAGGAAAUGAAUACAUUGAAGACAUUUGCCCGUAUGCAACAUUUCAGCUGAACAAGCAAACGUACAGCGAAAGUUCAUACAGUGGAAAUGUUUACAGUGGACCAUACCAUUCGGUAAGAGGAUCUUUUGUGUAUCAUGAUGUUAAAACCGAAAACUAUCAUGCUUGUGAGGAAAACAAAGAGAUCGUCAACCAGCACAAGCUCAAUAAAGAGCCCGAGUAUACAAAAGUACGCAGAAAGGGCGGAUCUCGACUGAGGGAUCCGGCCAGCUCAGAGCCGAUAGAUAUAAAUCAAUUUAUAGAAUCUGACAAUCCCGGAUCCACAGAUUCCGAAGUUAGGAAGAUACUAACACUUCAUAUACCGAUUACAGAAUAUGAUACGCUUGGUUCCGAGUCUGACAACGACAUGGCCUCGCGUUCCAAUCAGUCCAACUAUCGUCAUCACAGAGACACUCAAGACGAAACUUCAUCGUCUUCCGAGAACUCGCCUUCCAGCAUAGCUAGGAAGUCGAAACCGCCAUACCCGCCGAGAAAAACGGCGAAAUCUUCGCAGAACCUGACGAAGCGUCAUGUCCGAAGUUCUAGCGGAUAUUCGAGCCACAACGAGGAGACUACGUUUAGUAUAUCUAACUAUCCUAAUUAUGGCGAUCAUAUAACGCCACCGGCCAGGUUUUCCGAUAUGCUCGGAAGGGACGCCACCUUGCCGGUGUCGUCCGUCAAUCCUUCAGGGCUAGUGGGUAGCGCCAGCGAGCUCACAAGUACGAAAAAGUCUAGCAAUCACUCGCCACGACCACGUGCCAAUCAGAAGCUUCAACGGGAAGCCUUUCAGAUCAAUGUGUGAUGAGAUAAUGGUGUCGGGCAAAGCCAGGAUCCUCCAGGAUCCAACUCAGAACUAACACAUCAUAAUCAUCGGCGGUACGCUCGAGCGUACUACUGAGGACGACAAAAUGCCGAACGGUUUGCACGAUCGGCAUCAUCACUUAUAGUAGUACUGUAAAGACUUUAAAAGGAACAGAAAUUGAACAUCGAGUAAAACCCGUCUGUUGAAAAAGAUUAAUCCCGGAAGCAGCAUCACCAUUCUUCAUCGAAUCGCGUCGAUAGAUUCCUUUAGUUGAUAGUUUUGUUUGCCACACUAUCAGCUGCGAAAAUUUCCUUAUAGAUCGUUGGUUGAUCAUUACGAGCUAGACAGAUUUACAAUUGCAUAGAAAGCCGUACGUAAACAAACGACUUGGUCACUGUUGUUGUGUAUAAUUUAAGAUUAAAGUUAGAUAGUUGUUUGAUACGAAAUUUUAUCGAACCGUGACAACGCGAACACCUGACUAAUUAUACUUGAUGGAUAUGUGCGAUUGGUUUAACAAUAUUUUAUAUUAAACGAUAUUUUAGUAAAAACACGUCGGUCGUAGUUAUUAUCUGCUUUAAGCAGAAGCGUAGGAUUUAUUAGAUUAACAAAUUGACACUCUUCGUUAAGCCCAAAAAUAAUAUUCUAGAAAAAAAGAAGCAACUACAACAAUGUCAUUCCCAAUUUACAUGAGCAAACGAGUUAGUCAUUUCGGUUAAAUCAUGUUGAAUUUGUUACUCCACCUCGAUUGUUUUCUGUGGUAGUUGAACAACCCUUCUCAAACAUCUAGUAGUGACAAGUACAAUAAACCUAGAACGAAUCGAACAAAUUUUAAUAAAAUAAAAACAGGCCGACUAAUUUCAACCUACCUAAUCGGAAAUGGAAUUCGAAGCGCGAUCGAACAGUUGGUUGUACUCGAGGGGCGGAACACUUGAAUUUGCUCGGCAGUUGGCGAGUUUUCAAAAAAAAGAAUGAAUUCGAAGAUUUAGUGAUCGAGCUUUAUUUCUGUUAAGAUCGGUGUGUCCCGCCCCAGCAUUUUAUAAUUUUAGUUUAUGAGCCCAGAUUGCGAAGAGGUUGAUAGUUGUUAAUAAAUGUGUAAAAUAAAGUAGCGUAUAUUAUGGACAAUUCAAAAGAUUUUUUUUACGAAAGUAUACCGAAUUGAUCGUUGUUAUUUUUGUAUUCUCUCUAUCGUUUUCGGAAGUUUAUGUAGGGUAUAACAUAUUUUCGGUUGGUUUUUUUUUAAUAUUUUCAACGUAUGAAUUAGCAUUAAUUAUCAGGAACAAAAAUCACCAAAUGAUCACAAGGAAAAUGUGUUAGGUUACUCAAGCAAAAACCAAAACCUACUUUUAUUUAGGGAAUUUCAAAUCAAGUAUUUUUUCCCCUGUUAUCUGUUGAAUUUUAUGAACUUGUAAUGAACUGUGGAGGUAAAGUCGCAGAAAAAACAAGCGCCGAUUUUAAUUCUAUUGUUUUAAACUAUCAGAUGGAUGUUAGGGAUUCCAUACAUUUAAUGAUUUCAGUUGUUCUCGAAGCAAAAUUGGACACAACUAUAUUAACUAAUUUACUAUACUUAAUUUUUUACUUGCGUUUGUAUCAAAUUAAUUAAUCCAUAUACUUACAAACUUUAAAAUCUUUUUGUUUGCUUGAGAUAAAUUUAUUUGUUGUUACCAAAUCAAAAUAAUCCGAAUUCAGUAAAAAAUUACCAUUCGUUUCCGAUUAGUUGAGCAAGCGAAACUGUAUAACAGUAAACAUAACUCAACAGAAUUUCACCAACGAAAUAUAAAUUACGUAGCUCUUCCUAGGUUUAGCGAAUUUGUUUAUGCAGAUCAGAAAUGUUCAAGCCUUAGCCAAAAGACGAAUCCUUGAUGUAAAUAAGAAAUAAUGUCGACGGAUCGAUGUAAAAAACAGCACUCAAACUAAUUCUUUGAAUCCUAAGUUAGUCUCGCGCAAAUACAUAGAUACAUACAGAAGAUCGGCCAAACUCACGCAAGAAAAUGUACACAGCUAGUAUCUAUACAAAGUAGUUAGCUUCAGUUAACAGUAAAUCCAAAGCAAAAUCGACUGAUAGAACUUACGCAUAAGCAGAACGCCUACCGAACGAAUACGAAUGUGAACAAGAUAACAUUUAGAUAUCCAAGAGAUCGACGGAAAGAAAGAUUGAGGUUUGAUAAAACCAAAUAAUGGGCGCAGAGAAAACCACAGAUCAGACAAUAUUGAACGAACCCAUUCCAGGUGUGUUCAGAAUAUUGGCAUUUUUUGAAACUAGACAACCAGAGAGUACACACUAAUGCAAAGUAAACAUUAUAUUUGUGAGCAAAGCUAUUACUACAAUUUUCCACGGUGGAAAAAAAUCAGAAAGUAAAACCAUUUUGCCAUAGACAUAGACUAACUGUUUGUUCAGUAUAACAACAUAGCUCUUUUCCGCAAGGUCGGCGAACAAACAAAUUGCACUCAAUAGUGAAACAGAAAACCAAUAGACACAAAACGUGAACCUCGUUUGAUUUUUUUUUUUACGUUUAGGCAGGCUUAUUAGUAUCGAUGGAAUCUUCGGAUAUGUUGUAACACGGAAAUUUGAACGACGACCUAAAUCGAAACUAUGGAAAUUAUAAGGUUGAAUCAAAGCAACAACAACAACAAAAAAGGGGCUUUAGGCCGGUAUCAAAAUCCAUUUUGGUAUUAACGGAAUUUUAUGAAAUCUCAAAAGAAUUGUCACCACACGUGAAAAAAAGAAAGUUAUAAACGAAAUCAAGUGAAUAUAUUAAAACACAAACAUCAA